UUCAUAACACUUUGCCCAUACAUAGCAUGAGUCCCGGCUAAAACUGUUAAAAGGGUCUAAGUAAGUAGAUUGGAGAGGGAAGAAGGGGCAGAUGUGCGACCGUUGGUGUAUAGAAGGACGCAUCUUGUUCGUGCAGUUACAUACAAGUUCGCACGCAUUCGUUGUGAUAGUUGAGAAGAAAAAUAACCGACACUACAUAAUUUGCGUCAUGCCACAGUAGAGUUUGGCUGCAUUUAAAAUUUAUUAGAUUGAUAGCACGGUGUUCGGACAGAAAAUUUGUCAAGACAGACGAAAUUCUGAGUUUUAAUCUUUAUUCAAAUAAAGAUAUUCAAUUCAGCAAAAUGCCCAUAGAUUCAAGAAGUGUAUCGUUUAUUUUUCAUCGGGAAAAUACAAAUGCUCAAAAUUCACCACAAAAUUGCCGUUCUCAAAAUAAUAUCAGGCAAAGACUUCAAGAUAAAUUUGAGAAAGAAAAUAUAGAUGAACACAAAAGAAAAUCAAAAAACAAAGUUUCUAAUGAAAAAUCUUGGCAAAAUUUGAGCUUAGAACAAGUUUCUAUGGAUUCAAGGCGAGUUUUAAGAAAUGGGGCAAAUAGAAUAUCUAAAACAAUAUCAUCAGUCAAAUCAACAUUUGGUUCUAUGUCACAGAAAUUCAAAAGUUCAACGCGUCGUAGACAACGUUUAGAAGAGCAACAAUCUCCAGACUGCAGUGCACUGAAGUCACAAACUCCCCAAACUCGUUCACGUGAUCUACUUGGUCGUACACCAACUAAGCUUUACAGUCCUUUUGGUAUAGAAUCUCCUAGAUAUGCUUGGGAUAGCAAAACUGAAUGUAUGACUCCUUCGAGUACUACCUCCACCGAGUUUGCUGAACGAAAAUCGUAUCGUUUGUUUCGUUUCAGAAAAGUUAACAAUUUUUGUGCUUUGAGAUGAGUAGUAAAUUCUCAAAAAAUUUCAAUCAAGUAUAAAAUAGAUUUACUGUUACUUUUUAGAAAUCUCAUUCAUUUUCAUUAUUCAUUACUUAAUAAUUUUAUUACUAUCUAUUAACAGUAAUAAAUGUCUCAUACAAAUAUGUAAUCAUUAUUAGGGUAUUAUUUAAAUUUUAAAAAUAAUGAAUGUUAUAUUCAUAUUAUUUAUAAUUAAUUUUAAUCUACAUUCACUUAUAAUCAUGGUGAAAUAAUAGUCUAACUAUUUAAUAUAUCCAUGACAUAUAAUGAAAUAAGUUAACAAAAUUAUAAUUAUUAUUGUAUUAUACUUUAGAGUUAAAUACAUUACUCAAUGAUUCAUUUAAUUUACAAGAAAGUACUAGUUUAGUUUAUUCAAGUGUGACUUGAUAGUGUAUACAUUGAAAAUUUUUUAGAAACAUUAUUAUACAAGUAUUAAUAAGUAAAACUGUUGUGAAAAUUAAUGUACCAAUGGUAAAAAAAUGGCUAAAAUAGAGUGAAGCUAGUUUAAGGUAAUAA